AAAUCAAUUGAAGAAUGGGUGAUCACAGACUAUUGGACACAAGUCAGGUUAUCAAUGGCAUUGCUGUGUUGCUAUCGUUCUUCGUUGGCUACAAGUACGCCUUAAAGCGACAUGAUGUUAGUGAAGAAGCCAAGAAUUCGAAGAGUACCGAUGAAGGAAGGGGGGACACCGUCGCCCCUCAGGAAGGUUUUUUUGCCAGCUUCAGCAACAACUACAAAAUGGUAUUAGUAGUGCGGAAUGACCUGAAAAUGGGUAAGGGCAAAAUCGGUGCACAGUGUGGUCAUGGUGCAGUUGGUGCCUAUCAGAAGGCCGUUCGACGCACACCACGACUUGUGCGUGCCUGGGAGAGUACCGGUUGUGCCAAAAUUGCGCUUCGUGUUGAAAGUGAACGAGAGAUGAUGGCGAUUAAGCACGCUGCAGAAGCGAAUAAUCUCACUACGUGUCUGAUUCGCGAUGCCGGCCGUACACAAAUUGAACCCAAUUCGAAAACUGUUUUGGCCAUUGGUCCCGCGUCCGUGGAAGACAUCGACAAAGUGACAGGCCACUUGAAAUUAUUGUAGAGUUUCGCGUCACGUUCAAAUUCAAGAAUAUAAAGAUUACUAAAGCCAUACGCUUAUCAUUGUGAAAGAAAUCCCAGAUAAUAAUAGACACCGCACCCAAGGUAAUCUCCAGCAGUAAAAGGUUCAUUUACAUAAAUACUUU